AUGAAAACAUACGAUAUAGGUCAGAGCUCUACAGCUAAAACAGUAUGGUGGAUAGUAGACCUCGGUGGAAAUCACAGCAUUUACAGCAUCAUUGUGGUCUUUAAAAACUACAAAGAAUAUGAAAUGAGACAAAGAGGUCGUUUUGCUGGAUUUUCUCUCUUCUUGUCCAAUACUCCUCACAAAGAGGACGGCCACCUUUGUUACAAGAACUCACUUCCAUUACCUCCCUUGGAUUUCAAUACAACGUGUAUUGGAUAUGGUCGUUACGUCAUCUAUUACAACGAAAGACUGGACGGAGUUACUUACCCUGAGGGAUAUCAAAUUCAGAAUGCGUACACAGAAUUAUGCGAAGUGAAAGUGCAAGGGUGCUCAGAAUCAGGACUUUAUGGCACUAAUUGUACAAAAACUUGUCCAAUCAACUGUAAAAGGCAGAGAUGUAAUAUUAUCAACGGAACGUGCCUGGGUUGUGUGCCUGGGUAUAUGGGAGAGCUGUGCGAAAAAAAGUGUUCAUGGGGAUGGCAUGGCGUAGAUUGUAAAAAAGAAUGCACAGGACAUUGUGCAAGAAACACUUCAUGUAAUCAUCAGACCGGAAAUUGUAACGAAGGGUGUGCAGGUGGAUGGAUGGGACAGCUUUGUGAUAUACAGUGUAAAAGCGGAACCUAUGGUCCUGGAUGUAUUCAUAACUGCAGUGGACACUGUCUUAAUGAUGCAUUCUGUAAUGAGGAAAAUGGAAUUUGUGAACUGGGUUGUAAUGCAGGAUAUACUGGAAUUCUCUCGUGUUCUAGUGGAUUCUUUGGAAACAAUUGCACAUGUCAAGAUGGGCAUUAUGGUGACAACUGCACUAAUGUAUGCCCAACAAACUGCACUCAAACAUGUAACCAUAAAAAUGGAUAUUGUACUGAAGAAAAGGUUAAAGAGGAAAGCAUCAAUAAAAUUCAUGAAAAGGAUGGAGAUUACACUGAAGGAAACAAGUUCUACAAUGGAAUUGAUACCAAGAAACCCGUCGACAAAACGUACAUAUUUAUGACUUACCUCAGUUAA